AAAAGAGUCUUUCUUUCAUGAAGCCUCUUACUAGAUAGGAACUACACCAUUUGAGCACUGAUUUCAUGAAAUUUAAAAUUAAGAAUCCAAAUUCAAAUCUAAUAGAGUUUACUUUUAUGUUGUUGAAAACAACAUAAAAUUAAUGUUAAUUGCGAAAGGUAAACGCUUAUCUUGUCAGCUGCAAUGGUUGACCAAAGAACCUUCAACUAGUACCACCACGGUUUUUCACUCCAAGUUUUCUCAACCCUCUGUUUCAUUCAUCAAUGACAACACCCUCCUCUGUUUCUUCUCCGCCGCAAAAAUGACCACAAACAAUCACAUGCAACCGCUUCCACCGUUUCUCCUCUCUUUCUUCCUCCUCUUCAGCUCAAUAUCCGCCAUUGAAUUCAUCUUCAACGGCUUCAACAACGCUUCUGAUGUCUUACUCUUCGGCAAUGCCACCGUUGAUUCUCGUAUUCUCACCCUCACACACCAUCAAAGAUUUUCCAUUGGCCGUGCUCUGUUCCCUGCAAAAAUCGCCACCAAAAAACCAAACUCUUCUUAUGUCUACCCUUUCUCCACUUCCUUCAUCUUCACCAUGGCGCCAUUUGCAAACACACUUCCCGGGCAUGGCUUAGUUUUCAUCUUCACUCCGGUUACUGGAAUCCAAGGUACCAGCUCAGCUCAGCAUCUGGGUUUGUUUAACCUCAGCAACAAUGGUAGUCCCAGCAACCAUGUGUUUGGUGUUGAGUUCGAUGUGUUCAUGAACCAGGAGUUCAAUGAUUUGAAUGCUAACCAUGUUGGGGUUGACAUGAAUUCUCUCAAGUCUGUUUUCUCCCAUGAUGCUGGGUAUUGGCCAGAGGAUAGGAAAAGUGAAGAUGAUAAGUCUUUUAAGGAGUUGAUGCUCAACAAUGGUGAAAACUACCAGGUUUGGAUUGAUUAUGAAGAUUCUAUGCUUAAUGUUACCAUGGCAAAGGUUGGUGUGAAAAGGCCUAGCAGGCCAUUGAUGAAUGUUUCUCUGAACUUGUCUGAAGUUUUUGUAGAUGAGAUGUUUGUUGGAUUUACUAGUGCAACUGGGCAGUUGGUUGAAAGUCACAAGAUUCUGGCUUGGAGUUUUAGCAAUACAAAUUUUUCGUUGAGUGAAGAACUUGUUACUACUGGGUUACCUUCUUUUGUUCUUCCACAGACUUCAAUUGUUCAGUCUAAGGGGUUUGCUGCAGGAGUUACCAUUGGAGUUUGCUUUUUUGUUUGUCUACUGGUUUUGUUGGCACUGUUUUUGAUUCAGAGGAGGCGAAGGAUGAUAAGGAAGAGAAAUGAAAUGGAAGAUUGGGAAUUGGAGUAUUGGCCACACAGAAUGACAUAUGAAGAAAUAGAAGCAGCCACAAAGAUGUUCUCUGAGGAAAACGUGAUUGGAGUUGGAGGGAAUGGGAAGGUGUACAAGGGUGUUUUAGGAGGAGGGGAAGAGGUAGCUGUGAAACGCAUUUCUCAUGAAAACGAUGGCGUUCGAGAAUUUCUUGCAGAAAUUUCGAGCCUUGGGAGAUUGAAGCAAAGGAAUUUGGUGGGGUUGAGAGGCUGGUGCAAGAAAGACAUGGGGAAUUUCUUGUUAGUUUAUGAAUACAUGGAAAAUGGAAGCUUAGACAAGAGGGUGUUUGAUUGUGAUGAAAGCAAGAUGUUAGGUCUUGAAGACAGGACAAGGAUUAUUAAAGAUGUGGCUUCUGCUAUCAUGUACUUGCAUGAGGGUUGGGAAGUCAAAGUAGUGCAUAGGGACAUCAAGGCCAGCAAUGUCUUAUUGGAUAGGGAUAUGAAUGGAAGGUUGGGGGAUUUCGGGUUAGCGCGAAUGCACAACCAUGAUCAUGUUGCUAGCACAACAAAAUUGGUUGGGACAGUGGGGUACAUGGCUCCUGAAGUGAUCAAAACCGGACGAGCUUCAACUCGUACUGAUGUUUACAUGUUUGGCAUCUUGGUUCUAGAAGUCAUGUGUGGAAGGAGGCCUCUAGAAGAAGGUAAGCCACCUUUGGUGGAGUGGGUAUGGAAGCAAAUGGUAGAAGGGGAACUUGUGAAUGCAAUUGAUGAAACGCUAAGGGCUAAAGAAGAGUUCAGUGUACAAGAAAUGGAGAGGGUGCUGCACUUGGGUUUGUUGUGUGCAUACCCUGAACCAAAAGCCAGGCCAACAAUGAGGCAAGUGUUGAAUAUUUUAGAGGGGAAGAAUGAGGGAGAGGACUCAGAAAUUGAGAAUAUGGACACCUAUUUGCUCAACCAGUUGAAUUCAAGGGAUCUAAUUUCCGAGUAUUCCCAGUAUUUUUGCUUUUCAACACACCCAACUCUUGAGGAUAUUAAUUUAUCUUCCUCAAUGUCCUCUUGGUCCAAAUCUUCAAUUGGUGGCAGGUGAAACUGUGUCAUGAAUGACACAAUGUGGCUAUACUAGUAUUGGAUUCAUUUUCUGGCAGGAGUUGGAAAUUUGGAAUUUGAGCUACUAGGGCCUAACGGCGGAGAAGCUUUCAGAUUUUUUUAGCAAAUUCAUUUAUGAUUUUAUUAUCUUCUCUGAUUGGCUUUGUAGAAGGGAAAUUUUUCCCCACUGUUAAGACAUUUUUUCAGCUUUGAAUUUUUUAUUGUACAGCAUAUACCAUAGCAUGAAUGGUAAUAAUGAAGGAUUGCAAUGCAACCUAGUGUGAUUUUUAUCUCA